AUGUCGAACCAGAUGGUGGAACAAUUUGUUGAACAAAUGAAAUCUGAGUUUGAAAUGAGUCUUGUAGGUGAAUUAACUUACUUUCUGGGACUUCAGGUAAAACAGAUGGAAGAUACCUUAUUCAUCACACAAAGUAAGUAUGCUAAGGGGAUUGUUAAGAAGUUUGUUCUUGAGAAUGCAGGUCACAAAAGAACACCUGCUGCAACUCAUAUCAAGCUCACAAAGGAUGAGAAAGGUACUGAUGUGGAUCCUAGUUUAUAUAGAAGCAUGAUUGGAAGUCUUUUGUAUCUCACUGCCAGCAGACCAGAUAUUACUUUUGCAGUUGGAGUUUGUGCUAGGUAUCAAGCAGAACCAAAGACUAGUCAUCUCAUUCAAGUGAAAAGGAUCAUUAAGUAUAUCAGUGGUACAAGUGAUUAUGGCAUUUUGUACUCUCACAACACUAAUUCAGUGUUAACAGGUUACUGUGAUGCGGAUUGGGCUGGAAAGUGCUGA